AAGUUAUAUCUGUGGGCUUCCACAGCUGCAGCGUCAUUUCUGAAGGGCAGGGGUGACUAGCUGAGCUCCAUGUAGUGCGCUCGGCUCAUUUACUGGGCUGAGACAACUGCAGGCUGGUUUUGUGUAGUUAUAUUCCUGCUUUUAACAGGCCUAGCCAAAAAAGGCCCAGUGGAGGAAAUAUAGGCAAAGGCGUGAUGCCAAACAGUUUGCGGGCCUGUUAAAAUUGUGACCCAGAUCAGAGGCUGGGUGAAAGAUGCAGAGCAAGCAAGAAUGCAAAAUCUUCUCUCGUUUAGAGUCAUGUUUACAUAAAACACCUAAGAGAUCGUUGAGUAGGAAAUCCCGUAUACCUACGUUCAGCUCUCCUGUUAAUGACACCGAUAUACAGCAAGAAAUCUUUUGGGAUCCUCAUUCUCCAAUUGCACACAGACUAGGCAAUGGAAAAACCAAACAGUCUACCAGUAGAUGCGCAGUAGAAAUUUCAGAAAUUGUUAAUCGUAUUGCUCCUCAGGAUGAAAAAGCAGCCUGUAACGAAGACUCCCUUUUAGGGACGUGGAUUGGUGAGGAUGCUAUUCCCUGUACACCUGGAGUAGUAAAAGUGCGAGCUAGGACAAAGUUAAGUUGUACAAGAGAUCUUAAAAUAAAAAAUCCUGAAGAGGAGCUCAUGAAAUUGGCUAAGGAAUUUGAUAAAAAUCUAGUAGAGCUAGAUGCUGUUCAGGAACAAGAGAAGCUUGGUCAUGACCUCGAGACCACCUCAGAGUCUUUAAAUAAUUCUAAAGAUGAAGUAAAUAUGAAGAACCUGAAAUCACUUCUUGGUGAAGUAUCUGAAAGAGAUCCUGAUCUGUCCCUGAAACCAGUUGGACAGAGCACUGGCAUCCCUGCUGCAGAGCCCUGUCAAUCUGGCAGUCAAAAACCUGCAGACCUUGAGGCUGAAAUAGCCCUUCAUGCUCUUUUUGACUCCUCUACCCAGAUGUGUAGUGGACAGUUGAGCCAAGGACUAUCAGGUACUUCUUUAAAUAACAGCUUCCAUGAAAACAAAAGCAUCUUGGAGGAGGAGUACCUUCCUGAGCAAAAUAAACACAUGCAACAAGGUAACUCAGAGGCAUAUCGAAAAGAUACUCCGUGUCCCCUAGGAAGUGUGAACCAGGUUAUUCCAAAACCUAAUAUGCACACAUUGAUAAAAAAAAAUCCUUCUUUGAAGACGCCGUUGGUGGUCUCCAAUAAGCUUGCUGGAAUAGUUAAUGAUGACUUUGAUGACUGGGAUACAGAUUUGUUGGCAGAUGAUUCUUUUGUGAUGCAAAUAACCCAAAACCCUGAGUUGAUAACUACUGAAGAAGCACUACCAGUUCCUACAAAUCCAUCUGUGCAUGGUUUCAGUGACGCUAGCAGAACAAAGGAAAGAAGUAGUUGCGAUUCAGUAACCUGUUUGGGGAAUGUACAGAAAUCUAACAGUUUGCAGUUUUCACCUCUGAAACGUUCUAGUAAAAACACACAAAAUGUUGGAAAAUCUCUUUCUUUACAGAAGCCAUAUAAGUCAGAAAAGUCAAAGACAGAGACCAUAGCCUUUCAUGGCAAAUGUGACGUUAGGCCAGAUAAAAUAAAUUCUGUUUGGAAAAGUGCCCAAAACAGUGAUUUGAAUUAUAUUCCUGUUUCAACACAAUCAGAAGUGAAGAGUGGAAACGAAACUAUUCAGCCUAAAAGUGACCCCCUUCCUCUUCUUCCUUCAAGAUCUAAUCCUCAUAGACAAUGGACUGAAAAGCCUGGGAACAACACACACGUUUUCUGUCAAUCAUCCAGUGUUUCUACCAAUACAAAACCUAAUGCUCUAACUAAAGUGGUUAACCAAGCUAAUACAGGUCACUUAAAUGAAGUUGAAAUACCAAAGAAACGUCCUCUGUCAUUUGAUGACUGGAAUGAAGCAAAGUUCUCUGAUGAGAUACUAGAUAUGUUUUGUGAAUCCGAUAGUCUUUGGGAUGCAAACUGUGAGGAUGAUGAACUGUUGUAUCAGGUGUGUGAUGACAUAGAAAAGCAGACUCAGAGCCAGGAUGUUAAACAAGGAAACGAAAGAGCUAAAACUAUGCAAGGAGCCAGCAUUAAUUCCAGAUCAAAUGCUGAUAAUGGGUUCCCAGCAUCUAAACAAGGACUACCUGAUCUUCGCUUGGCACAGAAAACAAAUGCAAAACAGGAAGCUUUCUCACUGAAUAGUUCCUGUAGGAAUUCAUCAAAAGUUACACAUGGGCUGGCCACAACAGGUCACGUAGUGAACUGUAAAAACAUCUCAAGCCCUGUGAUCUUGGGUACUUCUAUGGAUUGUAAAUCCACACUGUCUAAAAACUGUCAUCAAGCUGCUUCUGAAUAUACUGCAAAGCCUGUUUCGGGAAAAUGGUACAGGUCAAGUUCUAUGCCAGCAGGAGAGACUGGUUCUGAAGUAAGUCCUGUUAAUGCAGUAAACACUUCUAGUAACAAAAUAUUGGACACCCCAGAUCUUUUGCAUAAUAUGGGAAAGAUUCCAAAUCACAGUUCUGGUAACAAAACAUCACAUAUGCCUUCAAAGUUUAAGUUCCGAAAGACUAACAGUUCUCAGGGUGCUCUUUGUGUAAGGUCUGAAAAUCCAGGGAGUCAUUCUGGCAUUGGAGUUACUCUGCAGGGUUUGGAAGGAAGCAAGAAUCAGGUGAAUGUGACUUUGCACAGCAAGCUUGACAAUAAGAAAACACCUUUCAAGAGGCACGUUUCAGAGUCUUCGGCACUGCCCACAUCAGUGUCUGUGGUGGAACAAAAAAAUAGAAAAUGUUCUCAAGAAGAGAUUGAAAGAAAAAAACAAGAAGCUCUUGCACGAAGAAAAUCCAGAAUGCAGGCAUUCUUUAAAGAUGCAUGAAUUUGGUGUUUGUUUUGUCUAUGGAGGAAGUUUUGCGGAGAGAAAUACGGUAAAAUGCUGGAAGAUACUUUUUAAACUGUUCACAGCUACUGAGGGCAAGCUUUUUCUAUUUCUCAAUUUUAAAAGAAAAAGAUCUUGAUCUGAACUGUAACUAAUACCCUGGUGGUACUUAGUCUCAAUUAAAAACUACCAAUUGUAAACAUGCAGUUUCAAACUACCUUCAGCACAAUGAGGAUUGUAUUAAGUUUAUAUACUGUUAUGUGAUGAAAUUGUAUAGUCUGAAAAUCAUCAAAACAUGAAAGCGUUUGUGUACACACAUAAGUAGAAGAUGUCAAAACCAGAUUGUAUAUGUUUUGGCUGUAUUUCUCUUAUUGAAAGUAUUUUAAUUAGUAAGACUCAAGUACACACAGAUUAAGAAAUACUAAUGUUUGCUCUCAGGUAGAAGAAAGUUUUUGAGUUUUGGUUUAAAGAAAGUACAAUCUAGAAAACAUCCAACAUCAGAAAACUAAUGAAAAUGAACAGGCUUUGGAAAGCAUGCUCAGUUUGUCUCUGUUACAUUAGGUAAGAAUUGUAAUUAGUGAAGAAGGAAUUUAAUAUAAAAGUUUCACAAGGUGAAAAAGCAUCCUGGAAAGGACAUUUUGUCUUUUUUUUUUAUUAUAUUAGUUCCCUUCAUGAAGAGUUGCAGAUAUCCUAGCUAACAAAAUUGGAUCACGUUUUGCUAAACAUGCAUUAACCAAGCUAAUUAGAAAAGGUAGCCUAUGUCAUUUUACCAAACCAUGAGCAAUAUGUAAUAUACCAGGUGAAAUCUCAACAGCUAUGAAUCAGUUUAGCCUUAGCAUACAGCCCUUAUGGGUUGUACAUAUUUAUCAAACUAAAGGCUGUUAAAACAUAAAAAUGCAAUGUCAUGUCAGCUUAACAGGAGCUGAUAGAAUUUUUUAUGUGAUAGAUGGGUGCAGAGCUCAAACUGCAAAAACUGCCUGUGGGUAAGCUGCAAGAUAUUUUUCAACUGAGAAAUGCUUAUAUGUAAACAUGUGACACUGAAAAGUGGCCGCAAUUUUUCUUUGUAAACAAGUAACUUCAAACUGUACCAAAGGUUAGAGGAAGCUUUUGGUAUCUGUAGUAUGUGCCGGUUUUGUAACUCCUAAAAAUGUAAGUAUUGUAUAUUUGUAAAUCAUCAUUAAACUUUUUUUACAUUUUUC